ACAUUUGUCAACAGCAUAGGCAGCAAAAUAAUAAGAAAAUAAAUUAUUGAAAAAUAAUAAAGAAAACAAUAAUUAGGAAAUAAAAUCUAGCAUGAAUCCCAGUUUGAGUGAAUUGCUAGAGAGGGCGAAAUGGCUGGUGAAUCAGACCACAAUGGGAACAACAGCUCAGUUGCCUGUGGAGCUCACGCUCCCCGAAGUGCUGCAGAAGGCGGAUGAGAUGCAUACACGUCUCACUGGACAGUCGAUGGAUAGUCAGCGAACAAAUCAAAUGUUCAGCCAGAUUGGCAUCGAUAUGCCGAAAUUGACGCGAAAAGUGCAGAAUUUUCAGUGUAUGAUUUUUGAACCAGAUGAACUGCCCGAUACUGAUGUGCCCGGCUUACUCCAGCGUAUGCAGCAGAAAUCAAUUAUUGAUAUCAUUGAGGAGACCAAUGCAAACGUAUUCAAGACGAUCGAGAAACAACGCUGGCAAUGGCAAUUUCAAGAGUGGGAGGAUGAGAAGCAACAUUUGUUAAAUGAGCUUGAGCAAAGCGAUACAAAGCCAGCAGCUGUAGCCAUGUCGAAUGCUGCCACUUCUUCGCUUAAUCGCGUCAAGCAGCUGUAUGCCAAGGAAAUCAUAAGCUACAACAAAUGCCAGCAGCGACGUGUAAGUCUGCUCAGCACAUUCACCCAGAUCGCCCAGCAGCAACUCCACGAUGAGCAGGUCUCAAUGAUGUGGCAAGUGCUGGAGCAUAUGGCGAAAGAGUCGUCAAGCUGUAUCAAGGCUCGCCAGCAGUCGCCUCAGUUUGCGCAGCAGGCGCUUUUUUAUGUGGAACAGGGCUAUAGACAAUAUAUUCGUGGCAUUUUAAAGCGUUCGGGAAUCGGUUUCAAAUGCGGCGGCAUUCCCAGUGUCUACCAUAAGGUUAAGAUGUUUGUGUGUAUCAAAUUGAAGGAGUGGCAAUCGUUAAUCGAUUUCGUUGACGUUGUGCGGCGUCGCCCGCUGUGGCCGCUUGUUUUUUAUAGCUUACGCUGUGGUCAUCUGCCAUCGGCUGUGCAGUUUCUCAAGGAUUGGGAUGAUCCGCAGCCCGAACUACGCGAGCUGCUGGAGUUGAUGCAACAAUUUAAGGCUGAUCCAAAGCUGGGAGAGCUGAAUUCGCACUACGAUCGAUUGAAGUUGCGUCUCAGUAACGAGUACAAGGAAAGAUUAAGCCAGAGCAGCGAUCCCUUCUUAAAGGCAGUAUUUGCCAUUGUCUUGGACUGCGAUCCCGUCAAUCUUCAUGGUCAAGUGCUUCAGAGCCUGGAUGACUUGGUCUGGGCACAGUUAAUGCUGCGACGCGAUUUGCAGACGCCACUUGGCAUCUCUGAUGUGGAGGGAAUGAUGCACUACGUCUAUGGCAGCAAUUAUUUGAAUAUUGCUGGAACGAUACCCAUUUUCUUUCAGUUGCUCGUGCUCACCGGACACUUCGAGGCGGCCCUUGAGUAUCUCUCUCGCACUGAGGCCAAUGAAGUUCAUGCUGUACACAUGGCCAUUGCACUCAACGAACUCUCCGUGCUGGGUGUGGCCAGCAAUGAGCUGGAGCCAAUGCUGGGCAACCACACUGAUGAUGCCUCAGUUCUGUGUCGUCUCAAUCUAAUGCGUUUGAUUAUCAAUUAUGCUAAGCGCUUCGAGGAAACGGACGUCUACGAGGCCAUGAAUUACUAUUUUCUUUUACGGCAUUAUCAAUCGAAAGAUGGAUCCAGUCUGAUGCUCAAUGUCAUCGGUGAAUUCAUUAUACGCAACUUCAGGCCUCAAAUGCUGGACUUGAUGUUUGGCAAACCCGAUCCAAACGAACCUACAUUUUAUGCAGGCGGCAUGCUCGACCGUCUGCCCAGCGCGAAUUUUGACAAGAAUGCCCUGGCCUCCAAACUUGCCCAUGAUCUGACUAAGCGUUGUAAGUAUGAGGCGGCCAUCGAGAUGUACCUCAUCAACGGACAGCUUGACAAGGCAAUGGGCUUGAUGUGCUGCUUGUUGGCUCAAAUGCUGCAUAUUAACUCGCCUAAAGAGAACUUACGUAUGAUUUUGACCAAGCUUACAAAUCGCCUCUAUUCGGGUGCGGCGCCUUGCACUUUAUUCUUGAGUUCGAAAGAGAUAUUCGCAUUCAAGUUGCUCUCAAAGAUAAUGAAGUUUUUUGAUCGCUUUCAUUCUGGGGAUUAUGAUCAGGCUCUCGAACUGCUUGACGACACCGAAUUGAUACCCAAAAGUUAUUUGGAAGUAGACUUUUGUCUCAACAAGGUGAAGAUGCUAGGUACAGAUGCUGUCAAAGUGUUGCCCAAUGUUUUGCUUUCGACAAUGAAAACCUAUUUUAGGCAAUAUAAAAAACAAAAGUCACAGCAAAGUGGCGCAAUGUUGCUGCUGCGAGAACGCGCCAAGGUAUUGAUAAACUUUGCAGCAUAUUUGCCACAUCGCUUGCCACCCAAUAUAAAUAUGCGACUCGUGAAAAUGGAGCUGCAAAUGUAGGACAAUUAGAAUGGAGAGGGAAGAAAUAUUUUACUGUUUCUAAAGCCUAUUUGUAAGCCCAUUUCAAGCUAAAACAAAUGUUGUUACUUUUCUGUUUUGUGGUUGAUUUUUGGUUUGAUUAUAAACAUUAAUAAAGCGCUGUAGAGAA